GCCUCUCCCCGCAGGCUCCUCGGCGGAGGGCUGGUGCGGGUGGAGCCGCUCAGCGCUGCAUGCCGCCGCGGUCCGCCGGAGCCAUGAGCUCCCAGCGCAGCGAGAGCGACUGGCAGGGGCUGGUGAGCGAGUAUCUGGUGUGCAAAAGGAAGCUUGAAAGUAAAAAGGAGGCAUUGCUAAUCCUUUCCAAAGAGCUGGACACUUGUCAACAAGAAAGAGACCAGUACAAGCUGAUGGCCAACCAGCUGCGAGAACGACACCAGUCGCUGAAAAAGAAAUACCGAGAGCUGAUUGAUGGGGAUCCAUCCCUUCCACCUGAGAAGAGAAAACAGGCAAAUCUUGCUCAGCUACUGAGUGAGGCUCAAGAUCGAAAUAAACAUCUUGGAGAAGAGAUAAGAGAGCUUCAGCAGAGACUGGGAGAAGUACAAGGGGACAAUAAGCUCCUUCGAAUGACAAUAGCAAAGCAGAGACUUGGAGAUGAUGAAGUUGGGGCUCGACACUUUGCAGCUCAUGAACGAGAAGACCUUGUUCAACAACUGGAGAAGGCUCGAGAACAAAUUGAGUCUCUGAGAUACGAUCUUCAGGCCGCUCUGGAUGAGUUACAGGAUGUGAAAGGGGAACGUUCUUUUUACCAAGAUAAGUCUGACAGACUAAACCAAGAACUUAAUCAUGUCUUAGGAGGGAAUGAAAACCGUAUCAUUGACGUGGAUGCUCUGUGUAUGGAGAACAGGUAUCUUCAAGAGAGAUUGAAACAACUUCAAGAGGAAGUCAACCUUCUUAAGUCUAAUAUUACUAAGUAUAAGAAUGCACUGGAAAGACGAAAAAAUUCCAAGCCUCAUGGUAGAUCCAGCAGCAGUGCUCUGACUGGAGUCCUGUCUGCAAAGCAAGUUCAAGAGUUGUUGUCAGAGGAUCAUGGAUGUAGCCUGCCAGCCACACCAAAGUCCAUUUCAGACCUCAAAUCACUGGCCACUGCAUUGUUGGAGACUAUCCAUGAAAAAAACAUGAUCAUACAGCACCAACGGCAAACCAACAAAAUUCUAGGAAACCGAGUAGCAGAACUAGAAAAGAAAUUAAGAACUUUGGAAAUUGCUGGCUUGUGGAGUCUUCCAGGUGGAAAGGAUACCAUAACUUUCAGUGACCCAACCUUGCCUGUUACACAGCAGUCCAGGUCACCGCUGUCACCACUCAGUGAUAAGGCACAGAAAACUGAAGUACAAGCUGAACAGAAGGGAGAAUGUGAUGAAACUUGUGCUGUUGCAAGUGAAUUCCUGGCUCCAGAGGGAACAAACUUAAAAAACCAAAACCAAAAUAAACAUUUUUAUUCUUCAUUACCCCCGUUGCCUUCCGAGAAAGAGGAAAUAAACAAGCUUGGAAGUCAGAUAAUUAAACUGACAGAGCAAGCAGUUGCAGAACUGGAAGGGAAAAGAACAGGCACUUCCACAGAGGAGCAGAACACAGUGGCUGCAGCAGACCUUAAUGGUUCAUCUGAGGGAGAGUUCCCACUUUCCAGCCCUGACCCGUCUGACCCCACAGAUCCCUCAAACUCAGAGAAUGAACAAACAGCUGAAACUGAGGCCCUGAAAGACAAUGACCAAACCUCAGAGAGUGACUGUGAAAUUACAAGCAAAAGAGAGGAUCAAAACAGCAGCAUUGUAGAUGUGGUGCAUACUGAGGACUCUGGAAGGCACAGAGGGCUUUGUGUUACAACUGCACACAAAAGUAACAGCUUUGAGGAGCUCCCUGUAUCUGAAACCAAGAAACCAUCUGAUCCUGCUGAAAGCUGUGAAUAUUUGGAUAACAGUUUGGCUUGAGCUCAUCUCAUUAAAAUGAAGGGAGUUAUUUCACCAGAUACUGAGAACAAAAUUUAAUGAAGCUUAAUGAAGGAAACAUCCUCAAAGAAACCAGAAGUGGCAAUGCUGCUCCAAAGCAAGGAGAAGAGCAAGAGGAGAACCAGUGAUGCCCUGUCCACCCUCUUGGCACUCUCAGUUACUGGAAUUGCAUUCCUCAACCUGCAGGAGCUGGAACAGCCCUCAGGCUGAAUAACUGGUGGUAGAUUGCAGCCUAAUCCAUCUGUGACCUCAUUUUUAAAGGAAUCUGUCUUUUAUUUUCUUAUGUUUUGGCACUAAGGGUAACACUUCCUUUCCUCCUCAUGUCACCCAUCUGUAGGUUUAUUUGCAUUGCUGCUUCUUUCUUAAACUUCUGCCCUCGUUUAUGUUUAGUCAUAGGAAAACAUUCCUACAGUAUCUGGGGGAAAGGAAGGCUGCUGUGUCAUUCCCUAGCUCGCUCCUGAUGCUGGAGCUGUGCCACUCUGCUCCUAGGAAGGCAGCAACAAGGGAAUACUUCAAUGUUAAGUUAGCAGCUGUUGGAGAAAGGAAUGCACGUCCUUCCUCUCCUGUUUGUGGCAUAAGGAAUAGUCUCUGCAGCUGUGGAGCUUCUAUGGGCUAGCAGCCAUCAAGGCAAUUUUUCUGCUGGCCUGGGACCUAAUUGUCUGUAAAUGUUCAUUUCUCACUCCUAGAACUUGAAACCAAUCAGAGAGAAUUAAACCAAAUUUAAUAAAAUACUACUAAUAAAAAGGAAAAUCCCUCCCAGAUUGAGUCCUUCUUUGACAAAUAACUGCCAGCUGCAAAUUUUUACAGCCCACUUGUCAGCUACUGAAUAAACAGAGUUUAUAUUAGCAAUACUGACAAACUCUUCUGUAUAUGGAAGAUGAGCUAGCAGGUGCUGCCGUAAUCAAGGUGUCAGAGUCCAUGAACAGUUUGCAUUCAGCAGAAGAAAGCCUGGAUAUAAAUUAUUACAUAUAAAUACAAGGAGUGAUAGAGGGAAGGUGAAAAAUAAGGCCUGUCUCUGUCCUCAUGUGUUUUCCCUAGCAGGUGCAUUCAUGUAACCCUUUCAGUGUCUGCCUGAAGGCAAGAAAGCCAUGCACUGCUCCUCAAACAGAUUUCCUUGCUCUCUAAAGGUAAUUUGACAUUGCAGCAUUUUACUGAUAUUAAGCAGCAGCCCUUAGAAACAAAAGCCAUCUGUAAAUUUAAGCAUAUCAGGACAUGAAGCAGUAAAAAGUUCUCUUUGAUGAUGCUGAUCCACAGUGAAGUUCCCCAUCACCUGAAAAACCAGGAAGAGUUUUAAGUAUUUGAAUGAUUGUUAUGCUGUUCCCAUUAAUUGUAACUGACUGCAUUAUUGACUAGUUUAUAUGAAAGUACUGACAAGUCAGAAGAGAAAUAGCUACAGAAACUGAUAUCUCUGGAAGAUUGUGGCAGGAUUUUUUCCUUUAAUGCUUGAAUGUCACAUGAAGUUGCAUUUUAUUCAAGAUGUAUUCUUUUCCAUCUUUCACAGGCUAAUCCUGCACAGAGCUAAAUAUCAAUGCAGUCAGAACUGAGGCAAGUGAAUAAGGUCAGGAUUUCACAUAGCUGAGCUCUGAAAUAUUGAGGGUGUUUAUAUUCUUUCCCUGCCCUGUAUCUUUCCUGACCCACAGUUGUAUGAGUUAGCAUAUUGCUCUUCAUCCCUAAAUAGUCACCUAAUGCUAUUAAUUAAUGAAGAGCUUGGUGAAAAAAUCAGGCAAGUAGAAGAUGUGCUGUAGGACCAGUACCAACAGCUUUUUAGUGCCUCAUUGGUUAUUAUUUUUAAUAUUUGUUUUUCUGUGAGAACAUAGUGAUGUACGACCCAACAAGGAAAUGUUGCUAAUUAUUCUCAGACUAUUCUGCUUUUUAGAUGUCAUUUUUAUAUAUUUGUAAUUAUUAAAUUGCAGUGAGGUACCUAGAUCUCUGGGAGGCUAAUUUUUAGUGCUCUAUCACUGCUGCAGCACUGCCCCUCUUCCUUCUGCCCUCGUGAAUGUGUGUUCUAGCUAUGUUUUCAGUCUUCUCCCAGGCACACAAGGCUUGAGACUUGCAAAAGUAAGACAUCUUUGCUGCACUAUGUGAUAGCUAAUUGAAUAUGCUUGUCAGUAUCUUCCUUGGAUAUUGCUUUAGUUGACAUUGUGCUAUUAGAAUGAUCAUUUCCCCCUCUCCCCCCAGUAAAUUAGUGUUUUGUUGUGGAGUCAAAACUACUGUGGGGAUUUUUUUUUUAGAGGGGCUAGGGAUAAUUUGGAUGUUUCUUUUUUUUUUCUUUAGACUUGUGUUCCCUCUUUCUAGGACUUUAGAAAUGCAGAUACCACAUCCAGACAUGUGAACCUUUUUGGUAGUGGGCUCUGGGGAAGCAAACUGGGAAGGGGAUUUUUGGCAGAGGUGUGGAGAAGAUGCAUUUCACAGCUGAUUUUUAGGGAGGAUGUCUCACCUAAAACGUGUUGUUUUUGGGAAGGGUUUCAUUUGAAAAUACAAUGCAGUGAUUAGUUGAAAAAACAAUGUUCAAUGACUUUGUAAAAUAAGUGUGUGUGAAAAUGACAUUAAGAUUCAUCUUUUAGAAUGCUGCUUCUUUUCUAAGCGAGACUAUUUUUAAGGAUAUGGAAAUUUAUUUAAUCAAGACAGUGGAAUUUCUUAAAUCCAUAUGAGCUCAGGAAUGUAUUUCAAAAUCUUAACGGAGAUUAAGUUGAAAGUCUGCUACAUUUCUAAAAGAUAGGAUUUUGUUUAUCAGCUUCUGUUUUGUAGUUUCACUUCAUAAAUUAUGCAGUUUAGUUUAUUUGCAAACCUCUCUUUUAUUGCCACCUGGAUUAACUGCACAACAUGGUUCAACUAUAUUAAUACACAUCUUUAAUAAAAACAUUUCCUGAUA